AUGCAUUCACGAGUUGGCUCACAGAGCCUUUGGUUCUCAACCACAGGACUUCGCUGGGGGCUUCGCUGGAAUACUAUUGAAGCAAUGAAGGUAAUAGGCGCUGGACUGCCAAAGACGGGCACUAAAUCCCUAGCAGCCGCUCUAAGGCAUCUUGGCUACACUGUACACGAUAUAAGAGAACACUGGAAACAUCACUGCGAGGAGUACAAUGCUGCUUUUGAAGGCGAAAUCCCAGACUUCAAGGAGAUGUACAAAAAUAUCGAUGCCACAACAGAUGGUCCAUCAUGCUACUUUCACAAAGAGAUCUUCAAAGCCUUUCCUGACUCCAAGGUAAUCUUGACUGUCCGAAAGGAUGAAGAAACCAGGCGCAAAAGCUUACAAAAAAACAUUGAUGUUAUUGAGCCUAUCCUCGACAGUCCCGUGACUAAACUAUGUCGAUAUUUAACACCAACAGGCAGAAAAUGGGGUCGCCUUCUUUCCCAUCAACGCAUCAUGGAUGAAAUAGAUUAUCAGAAAUAUAAUGAUAACGUCAUUGCUUCUAUACCAGCCAAUCAGCUGCUUGUGUUUUAUCCCGAGGAGGGGUGGGAGCCACUGUGCGCGUUCCUGGGCGUUGAAGUGCCUGAUAUUUCUUACCCGCGAGCUAACGUGGGUUCCGCGGAUAUAUCAAGCAUGUUCCGCAAUUCCUGGAGCCUUCGACGUGCGAAGCAGGAACUCGCGGUUUUUAUUACCCUACUCGUGGCACUGGUCGCCUUUGCAUUUGUGCUAAUCGUGCCUCCAAUAUAGACUUUAAUGCCGCAUUGUCACUUCCUGUUUUCUUCCGGAGGUCCGACGGAAACCUCAACCGACAAGAGACAAAAUAUUUUUUUAAAAUCCGUGCUUUUAAACAGGCCAUCCGCUCUAAAUCAACAGUCACAUCUUAGAAAAAUCUUCCAAUAGACACAAUGCCUUUACAAUCUUGAAAUAUUUUUCACGUUUUCCGUUAAAAAUCAUCGGAGAUUGUUACGUAAUCGAACGAAUUUUCAAGUUUCUGCCAUUCUCCCUUUUAUGCCUGGUGCACACUAGUGACAUAUCGACAUAGGCGCGCGCACUCUUAUGCUUGUAUGUUCAAGUGUGAAAUGUUCGACAUAAAGCCCGACAUAAAGACAUGGACAUAACGAUAUAAGAGAAAACCAAGUUUGUCUUUCUUUUAAUUCCAUGUUGGACAUGGUUGACACAUCUAUGUCGUUACGUGACUAGUGUGCACCAAGCCUUAUAGACAAAAAAUCAUAUCCUACUCUCUUUUGUUAUAUACAAUUUGUAUAUUUUGUUAUUCACGAAGCCUUUUUCCCCUUCUAAAAUAAUGAACGUUUCCUAAAUAGGAGUGAACAUAACAUAUUAUUUAAGGCUAUUGCCUAUAAAUUGCUUCGUGGUAACUAAAACAGAAAUAAGCAGUAGUCCUUUCACCUUCUCAUUCCAGAAUAGCUUGAAAUUAGGAAGGGUAGAAAUCCGCUGUUGGUGUUUCAGCACCUAACAAAAAAAAAAAGAAGAAUACUUGAGAUUUUCCGUAAUAAAAUCCUACGGAUGUG